GAAAUUGUCAAAUGUGAAAUAAUUUGUGAAAUUUGUAGUUUGGUAACUUGUGUUAAAUUUUAGACGUUUUUUUUUAUUUAGUGAAAGUUUAUUUUAUUUUUAUUUUGAGUUUAACUAAUGGAUAAUCUUGAAUUCGCUCAUAGAGCACGAAAACGUAUAAAAGAAGUAAAAAAGAAAGCCAGACCCGAGUUAAACACCAAAAAAUCUUGGUACAUUGAAAAUUAUGCGAAUGACUUUGAAAGGUUCCACAACUUUGUAGAUAAUUGUGAUCGAAUAGAUCAGUCCAAGGUAUCUCAACGAGAAUUUAUUUCGAACUACGAAUUGCUAUAUAAACCAGUAGUUAUAACUGGCUGCCAAAACAGUUGGAGGGCCAACCACAAGUGGACUUUACAGAAAUUAACCAAAAAGUAUAGAAACCAAAAAUUUAAAUGUGGCGAAGAUAACGAAGGUUACAGCGUGAAAAUGAAGAUGAAAUACUAUAUUCAGUAUAUGCUCAGUACAAAAGACGAUAGCCCUUUAUAUAUUUUUGAUAGCAGUUUUGGCGAGCAUCGCCGUAGAAGAAAACUUUUAGAAGACUAUGAAGUGCCAUUAUAUUUUAGAGAUGAUUUAUUUAAAUAUUCAGGUGAGAGCCGCAGACCACCUUAUAGAUGGUUUGUGAUGGGCCCUGCCAGAUCUGGUACUGGAAUUCAUAUAGACCCACUUGGUACAAGUGCCUGGAACGCCUUGGUUGUGGGUCAUAAAAGAUGGUGUUUGUUUCCAACUCAUACACCAAAAGAGCUGCUUAAAGUAACUGGUAGUUUAGGUGGAAAGCAAAGAGAUGAAGCAAUAACCUGGUUCAGUAUUAUUUAUCCAAAAACGAAAGAAUCCACUUGGCCAGAGAACUGCAAACCUAUUGAGAUUUUACAAAAACCUGGAGAGACAGUAUUUGUUCCUGGAGGCUGGUGGCAUGUAGUUUUAAACUUAGAUACAACAAUUGCUGUUACACAAAACUUUUGCAGUAGAACCAAUUUUCCUGUUGUAUGGCAUAAAACAGCAAGAGGUAGACCAAAGCUGUCGAAAAAAUGGCUUAAGGUGUUGCGUGUAAAGGAGCCAAAUUUAGCAGCUUUUGCUGAUAGAAUAAAUUUAGAACAGCCUUCAGGUGUGGCCUCGGACAGUUCAAGUAAUUCAGCCAGUUCUAGUUCAGAUUCGGAUAGUUCUGAUUCUGAGGAUAAUGACAGUGGUCAAGAAUCUUUAACUGCAAAGAAAAAGAGAAAAAAAUCUGAGAAUGAAUCUGAAAGGAAUAAAAAGAAGAAGAGCAAUAGUGAACAUCCACAGUGGAUAAAUAGAGUAAAUCCAAGAGCUUCCGUAUCCCUUGAAACAGUAACAAGUAGCGAUAGCAAAAGCCCCUUAGUGAAGUUAUAGAAUAAUAAUAUAUAAUAUAUACUUUUUUUUAUUUAUUAUCAAGAAUUUAUUGGUUUAUUUAACAUGUUUCCACAUAUUUUUCUAAAAUAAAAAUAAACUGAAUAUGUAGGUGAUAUAAAAAAAUAUUUUUUCAUAACUUUUUUAGAUUUUAGCGUAGGUUUACAAUAAUGGGAAAAAUGUGGAAGCAUGUUUUGUUUAAUUUGUUUUGUUAUAUACCAGCUAGUCUUUUCUUACCAAAAACAGUGUGAAUGAUUAUUUAAGCUGGCCAAUAUCAUUUACAGAAUAUUGAUAGUUAGUUGCCUCACCUAAAUAGUCUUCACAUUUAGGGGUACAAGAAAAGUUUUCGUUUGUACAAUUAAAGUCAUAAACUACAUAUUUGUUAAUGAUUGCUAUAAUUAAUGAAUUAAUUUGUUAACAUUAUGGGUACUUCUUUCAUCUAUCUUUAUUUAUCUUUAUCUUUAUUUUAAAGUCACUUUAAUUAUUAAUUUAAAGUCACUUUAAUAAUUUUUCCAGUUAAAUUGGGUCUAUAAAACAGCGAUUUAGCCAAACAUAUUUUCAUAUAGAUUCUAUAGCAUUUUAUCUAUUUUGUAAUGCAACAUUUGGUUCAGAUUUUUGACUAAAUUUAAUGUAUAAUUUAUAUCAGUAUUAUUGCUUAGACAAUAAAGAUGUGCCUAUAUAUGUACGUUUCUAUAAAAAUUAGUUUAUUUAAAUAUUGAUAAAAGGAUCACAUUUUUAUAGAAAGCUCUGAUUUAAGAAUGUGCCUUUUAAUGUUAUUGUUUUGACCCUAUGCUUGAUAUAUUUUUUUAAAAAUUAAUGUGAUUCUACCCGUCAAGCAUGGGUUUUUGUCCUUGAGUGAAAAUACCGAAAUAUACAUGGUUACAAUAAUUGAUGUUAUAGUAUAGCUGCAAUUAUUUUUAUUACCGUAUAACUGACUUUUAUAGUGUAAUUUAGUUCUUAAAGCACCAUUUUGGUAGAGCUCUCCUUUUCUUUUAGGGUGCUCCAAAGCUAUUUUUUUUUGUAUUCUGGUAUUUUCAGUCUGGGUUUUUUAUGAAUAAUGUUACAAAGGAAUGUAAAAACACCAAUAUUAUAGUAGUUCUGUGAUAUGGACGUGAUAACGAUUCUCAUUGUUUCAGUAAUAAAAUUUUUGUCUGUUUUACAAUUGUGAAAUCACACAUAUAUUUCUAAUCUACAUCUCAUUUGUAUUAUAUGCCCACUGCCAACACAGAACAAAUUGCUGUUGAAGAAGCAAAUAUUCUUAUUUUAGAAAAUAAUAUACAAAAUCAAAAGUCGAUGUAAUAGGGAAUUAAAAAAAAAUAGUAUAAUAGUCUGUGGUCCAUACAAAAUAAUAAAUACAUACAUUAUUCUGUAACUAUAUUGUUGUGCCUUUUAAGAUAUGUAUCUCUCCUGUUAAUAAAGAUUAUAUAAAAAUAA